AGCGACGUUUGUGAGCCUGUUCCUGAUCGCAGGCUAUCGCGUAAAGAUUGACAGUGAUCCCUGGAGGAGAUUAGAGUCCAGAUCCAAAAUUCAACCUUAAAAUGUAUAAAACACAAAAAGGGGAGAGGAGAAUUUACCUAUCGGUGUGCACGUCAAGCGUCUCAGCGGCGUAAGAUAAGUUGGAGACGCAAGUAAAGACAGGAACAAAUAAAAAAACACCAAGCCGACAACAAUCUCGACGAGAGCUGCCCCCAUCUUGAGAGGCCUCCACUUGUGACGCAUUUGAUAAGGUGACCGCUUUGAGGCCGCCUGCACCCAUUUCUGCACACAUUGUCCAAGGAGAGAGGCACAGUCACUUCCAGGCCCUUCUGGGAAAAAAAAUUCUCUUGAAAGAUUUUUCUCAACCAAGGAAUAUCAAAGGAAGUGCAUCCCAAUUGUAGUGGUGGAAUCAAAAGCAGCGCUAUGGAAACUUUGGAUGCUUCCACUCUAUCAGCUUCAGCUGUCAGCUAUGACCCUAAAACUGAGGCCGUGACGUUGCCGGGAGGAGUUGUCUCUGUGGCUGGCAUCGCCGUGGUAACCGGCGGCGUGGAGCUGUCCUGCGGCUCGUGCAUGCUGGCCUUCGGCUUUUGGGGCACGCUCAUCGGCUUCAGCUGCGUGGGCGUGGGUGCGUGGGACCAGUUGAACCACUUCAGUGAAGGAACCUCUCACUUACUGGCGCUGGGACUGGUGAUCCUGGCCCUCAGUAUUGCCGUGGUCGGGAGCGUGGUGGCCUUCUACAUCCUGACCAAGAGGAGGAGGGAGAUGAGGCGUAGUAAGAGGCAGGAUGGCAAGGAAGUACUUGUGCAGGAGAAUGUAGUUAAACGCCUCACGGUGUAAUUGACAGAUGAAAGAGAUUUAUAUUUGAUUGUGUAAUUAAAAUAGAUGUUAAGCAGA